AUGUCCUCGACGGAGAGCCCCGGCCGCACGUCGGACAAGGCUCCGCGCCCGCAGGUGGACCGAUUGCUCGUGGGGCUGCGCUGGCGGCGCCUGGAGGAGCCACUGGGCUUCAUCAAAGUUCUCCAGUGGCUCUUUGCUAUUUUCGCCUUCGGGUCCUGCGGCUCUUACAGCGGGGAGACGGGAGCCAUGGUUCGCUGCAACAACGAGGCCAAGGACGUGAGCUCCAUCAUUGUUUUGUUCGGCUACCCCUUCAGGUUGCACCGGGUCCAGUAUGAGAUGCCUCUCUGUGAUGAUGACUCCACCUCCAAAACCAUGCACCUCAUGGGAGACUUCUCUGCCCCUGCUGAGUUCUUUGUGACCCUUGGCAUCUUUUCCUUCUUCUAUACAAUGGCUGCUCUAGUCCUCUACCUGCGCUUCCACAACCUCUACACAGAGAACAAACGCUUCCCAUUGGUGGAUUUCUGUGUGACUGUCUCCUUCACCUUCUUCUGGCUGGUUGCUGCAGCUGCCUGGGGCAAGGGCUUGACUGAUGUCAAAGGGGCCACACGGCCAUCCAGCCUGACUGCAGCCAUGUCCGUGUGUCACGGAGAGGAUGCAGUAUGCAGUGCCGGGGCCACACCCUCGAUGGGGCUAGCUAACAUUUCUGUGCUCUUCGGCUUUAUCAACUUCUUCCUGUGGGCUGGAAACUGUUGGUUUGUGUUCAAAGAGACACCGUGGCAUGGACAGGGCCAGGACCAAGGCCAGGGCCCCAGCCAGGAGAGUGCCGCAGAACAGGGAGCGUUGGAGAAGCAGUGAACAGCUGGCUAGACCUGGACAGCACCUCUUCAUCUCCUCCGGCUUCCACAGGACCUUCCUUCUCCUCCAACUCCCUUCCCCCAUCAUUCUGGGCUUUGAGAUUUGAGACGCUGGAUGCGUAGGCAUCAGCUAUUGGU